GCCACUUCGGGGCAGCCGGAAAGUGACUCUCACCGCUGCACAACAGCGAGCAAAAGGGCGUGCGCGUAGCGGUCUCGCCGCUUUUGCGCUUCCUGUCGUGCGCAUAUCGUCGUUGCGAGACGAGCACACAGCUGGAGCGACGAAUCCGGGAUCCUGCGGUGCUAACAGCUGGAGCAUAAUAGUCCCGCUGAAAAAAGAAGCCUCCGUGAAUGCUUGCGGCAACGCCGGGUCGCAGUACGGGCAUCAUGAAAAACACACCGAGGCAAGAACUGCUGUCUCUAGCCAAGCAAUGGGGCUUGAAGCCUAACACCAUCGAGUUUGCACGGCGCCUGGACAGCGAGGACCCGCUGCGCGGAUUCCGGGAGCGGUUUAGCGUCCCCAAGAUGGCGGACGUGUCUAUUGUUGACCCAAAGUUCAUCAAGGAGCCUGAGCAGGAAUGCAUCUACUUGUGUGGCCAUUCAUUAGGUCUGAAGCCAAAAGCUGCUGACGAUCAUGUGCAGAAGGUUCUUGACAAUUGGGGUAAAACUGGUGCAGAAUGCCAUGUGCAUGGGUACCUGCCGGCAGCCACAUGUGACCUCUACCCGAGGAAGCUCAUGGCAGACAUCGUAGGUGCUGAUCCAGAUGAGAUUGUUUUCAUGAAUGGCCUCACUGUAAACUUGCACUUGCUUAUGAUGACUUACUACAGGCCACAAGGAAAACGAUGCAAGAUGGUCAUAGAGUCAUAUGCCUUCCCAUCAGACAUGUAUGCUGCACAGUCCCAAGUAGCCCACCAUGGCCUCGAUGUUGCAUCUAAUCUUCUCAUCUUAAGUCCAAGACAGGGUGAACAACUGCUUAGAGAAGAGGACAUAUAUAAGCUCAUUGAAAAGGAAGGUGACAGUAUCGCUCUUUUGCUCCUGCCUGGAGUCCAGUACUACACGGGGCAGGUGUUUGAUGUUCCUGGGAUUACAACAGCAGCACGUAAAAAGGGUUGCAUCAUCCUCUGGGACAUGGCGCAUGCGGUAUGCAACAUUGAACUCAAACUGAAUGAAUGGGAUGUGGAUAUAGCAGCCUGGUGCACAUACAAGUACAUGAAUUCUGGUCCCGGCAGUAUCGGUGUUGCAUAUAUAAGCCACAAAUUCCGAAAAGCCUGUGAACGGCUUCCAGAGUUGAGAGGAUGGUGGGGCAACAACAUUGAGACCAAGUUCCUCAUGAGACCUGAAUUUGACCCAUGUCUGUCAGCAGAUGUGUUCAAACUGUCCAAUGGACCACCUCUUCUAGUUGCGACAGUAAUGGCAAGCCUAGAGAUGUUUGCAGAAGUAAAGGAAUCUGACCGCCUGCACAAGCAACACCUGCUCACUGGUUACUUUGAGCUUCUUAUGAUUGAUGAGCUGGGUGCAAGCCAUGACAUUACAGACAGCACACGCCCAUUUCAUAUUCUCACGCCAUCUGACGCAUCAAAAAGGGGCUCCCAGCUUAGCAUACACCUUGCCGAAGAGCCCAAGUUCACACACCAAGAGCUACAGUGCAGAGGAAUCCUUUGUGACCUGAGAAUGCCCUCGGUUGUGCGACUUGCUCCCAUGCCUAUGUACAACACUUACGAAGAUGUCUACAACUGCAUUCAAGCAUUGAGAGAGAUUUGUGCCAACUUUCCUCUAAAGAAAACCUCUUGAUCGUGACUCUCAGCAUGAACAGUAGCUUUAUGUGGAAGUUCUUGCAAGUA